AUGGGCGAUAGUGAGAACGGUGAAAUCCGCAGAGGUUUGAAGUCUCGUCACGUCCAAUUAAUCGCUCUUGGUGGGUGUAUCGGUACUGGUCUUUUCGUUGGGUCCGGUUCGGCCUUGUCUCAAACCGGCCCAGCUGCCUUGCUUUUGGGCUACGCUAUCAUGUCCUGUGUCAUCUACUUUGUCAUGAACAUUUUGGGUGAAAUGGGUACCUGGUUACCGAUCCCGGGUGCGGGUUCCCAGCAUUUCAUCGGUGCCUACUUGGAUCCUUCUCUCGGUGUGGCCGCUGGCUGGAACUAUUGGUACUCCUAUGCUGUCCUUGUAAUGGCUGAAGUCUCUGCUGCUGGUUUGGUUGUCCAAUACUGGACUGACAAGGUUCACAUCGCUGUUUGGAUCACUAUUUUCUUGGCUGUCAUCAUCGCAUUGAACUUUGUUGCCGUUGAAUAUUACGGUGAAUCUGAGUUUUGGUUCGCUUCCUUGAAAAUUAUCUGUAUCUUGGGCUUGCUUGUUACCGGUGUGGUGAUCUUCUUUGGCGGAGCUCCCACGCAUGACCGUAUUGGAUUCAGAUACUGGAAGAACCCGGGUCCAUUUGUCGAGCACUUAACUACCGGUGCUGCCGGCAGAUUCUGUGCCGUAUGGACCUCCUUGGUCAAGGCUGGUUACGCCUUCAUUUUCUCCCCUGAAUUGGUCACGACCGCUGCCGGUGAAACUGAGGCUCCGAGAAGAAAUAUUCCAAAGGGUGUGAGAAGAUUCAUUUACCGUAUUGUCUUCUUGUACAUUUCCUCGGUUGUUGUCAUUGGUUGUAUCGUGCCCUCUAACGACCCUCAUUUGUUGUCUGCCAUUGACGCUGGUGCUUCGACUGCUGCUGCUUCUCCGUUUGUUAUUGGGAUUCAGAACGCUGGUAUUCCAGUUUUGAACCAUAUCGUUAACGGUGUCAUUUUGACCUCUGCCUGGUCUUCCGGUAACUCGUUCAUGUAUGCCGGUUCUAGAUCCUUGUACUCCAUGGCUCGUGAUGGCUAUGCUCCACAGCUCUUUUCCAAGUGUAACAAGUUUGGUGUUCCGUACUACGCCGUUGGGGCCACCUCGGUCUUCUCCCUUUUGGCCUACUUGAAUGUGUCCUCAAGUGGUGCUGAAGCUUUCGGUUGGUUUUCCAACAUCUCCACCAUUUCUGGGUUCAUUGCUUGGAUUUUCGCCGCUGCUGCCCACACGAGAUGGAGACGUGCAAUCACCUUCCAAGGUUUGGAUGAUCGUGUUCCGUUCAGAACCCCAUUGCAGCCGUACGGUUCCUGGUUCUUGAUCGUCUUCAUGUCCAUCUUGACCUUGACUAACGGGUACGCAGUGUUCAUCGGUGGUAACUUCAACGCUGGUGACUUUGUCGCGUCGUACAUCUCUAUUCCGGUUUUCUUUGGCAUUUACGCUGCUCACAAGACUUACCUCUACUUCAAAACUGGUUACACUAGAUUCUUGAUCCCAAUCGCUGAGUUGGACUUGACUACUGGCUUAGACGAUGUUGAAGCUGAGGAAGCGGCCACUCCAGAGAGAAUUCCCAACAAUAUCUGGGAGAAGUUCUGGUACUGGUUGGCUUAG